UGCAACUUGAGGUUUCGUUCCUUUCGCUCAUCAGCCAUGGCCAUGGCGCGCGAUAUGAUUCGAUCUCUGCCUAUGCUCCUCGCGCAGGUGCGUGCCGGGGUGGGCGUACAAGGACGGCCGCGCGUACAUGGAGCUGCCGGCACACGACCUCACGACCUCGGCGUCGCUGCCAGUGCAGCAACAGUUCUAUCAGGAAGCUGGCAUUCAGAUGGCGGCAUUCAUGGGAUGCGAGAGCGGCGAGGUCGAGAUCGGCAUGUAUACGGCGCCAACUAGCGGGACGUCUCCGAUGAGCCUGGAGUCGACCUUGCAGCAGGUUUUCUCGGAGGACUUCUUCCAGCAGUCGCUGCUGGAGGAACUGCUCCAGCUGCCACCGACGCGGCCAUCGUCGCCGUCCGUCUCCGUGGGCAGCCCGGCGGCCGAUGCCUUGACGUCGCUUCCCCGCACGAUGGCCGCCACGCCGACGCCGUCCUCCUCCGUAGAGCGACGGGCGCCGCCGGUUCCACCGCCUCCUCCGCCCCACGCGCGCCCGCCGGUCUUCCCCGUCCCCUUCGCUCGGCACGGCCCAGGUCACGUCCGUUUCCCGAGCGCCGACACCGACGACGCCGCGAUGGCGCAGGCCAUGAUCGACGUCAUCUCCGGCGCCUCGUCUUCCUCGGCGCUCCCCACUCCACCGUCCACGGCCACGGCACCUCCUCCUCCGGGAAAGCACCACCGCGCGCGGCGGCGUCGUGGGGCGGCAACGGCGUUCCGGGCGUACAACGCGGCGCUGGCGCCCAGGGCGCCGUGGCGGCCACCGGGCGUCCCAGGGCAGCGCAUGAUCAAGAUGGGCAUCUCCAUCCUGAGGAGGAUGCACAUGCUCAGGUUCAGUCGGGAGCGCACUGGCACCACGAUGGCGCAGAGGGGCCAGGAGGGAGAGGAUGACCUGUCGUCGCCGGCCGUGCCGACGAGCAGCCAGCUCAACCAUAUGAUAUCGGAGCGGCGGCGGCGGGAGAGGCUCAACGAGAGCUUCGAGGCGCUUAGAGGCUUGCUCCCACCGGGAUCAAAGAAAGACAAGGCUACUGUGCUGGCCAAGACGCUGGACUACAUGAGCAUUCUAGUAGCUCAAAUAGCCGACCUCGAGGCGAAGAACCGGAGCCUGGAGAGCCGAGCUCAGCACCACCAUCGGCACGCCAAUGGCGGCUCCAAUGGCGGGCGAGUAGUGGUCCUGCAGGGGCUGAUGAGCGGCACGUCGUCUUCGGAGAGGGUGCAGGUCCACGUGACCGCCGGCGCCGGCGAUGUCGGCACGUCGGCCUCGUCGCCGUCAGCAGGCCCGCCGCCGCCGGCCAGCCGGGAGGUGGAGGAGACCGUGCGGGUGCACGCGCGGGCGGCGCGGAGCGACGUGGCGGAGCUGGUCGCCCGCGCGCUGGCCGCGAUCAAGGGCAUGGGGCGCUUCACGGUGGUGGCCGUUGACGCCGGCCGGUCCAGCGAUGGCGGCGGUGACUUUGCUCAGGCCACAUUCACGCUGCGAGCGACGACAGGCGAAUUCGACGCGGCGUCGCUGAGGGAGGCCGUGGCGAAGGCUGCCGAUGAUUCCGCCACGCCGCCAUCGGACGACUCGUAGGGCGCGUUUGUUUCGCCUUUUUUUUUCUUUAAUUUCUGAUAAUCUUUUCUGAGAAUUUGGUUACGAAUAAUUGGGCCUGUUUGGUUUGUGGCUAAAUGUGUCACACUUUGCGUAAGGUUAGUCAUUCAUAUUGAAUAAC